AACGUAAAAAGAAGAAAAGAGUAUCCACUUUUCCGCCCGCCACAAAAAUGCAAUUAUUGCAAGAGGCAGCCUACAGUCUCCAAUCAUUUCUUUCUCCCUCUCUUAACAUUUUUUUUUUCUCUCUAUAAAUCCAAACAGAGCAACUUCUAAUUCCCAAUCAUUUCUUGAAUCAUCCACACAAUUGAAUUGUUUACUCUGCCGGAAUCAUGGAAGAAAAAGGUGAUGUUGAAGAGAUAGUGAUCGUCGGAGCUGGAAUCUCAGGUCUCGCCACUGCCUUGGGGCUUCACAGGUUAGGGAUUCGAAGCUUAGUAUUGGAAACUUCCGAUUCUUUGAGAGCCGCUGGUUAUGCUUUGACUACAUGGAAUAACGCUUGGAAGGCUCUCGAUGCCUUGGGAGUCGCCGAUUCUCUCCGCCUCCGCCACGAUCGCCUCGCCGGAAACGUCACUUUCUCGGCGGUUUCCGGGAAGCCAACUUCGAAUUUGCUCUUUACGGGUCACCGAGACCAAGAAGCCAGAACUCUAAUGAGAAAGUCAUUACUAGAAGCACUGGCAGUGGAUCUUCCAAAAGACACGAUUAAAUAUUCCUCAAAGCUCGUUUCCAUUGAAGAAGAAGCAGCAGGCUUUCUUAAGCUCCUGCAUCUUGCUGAUGGAACGAUUCUCAAAACCAAGGUGUUGAUUGGAUGUGAUGGAGUGAACUCUGUGGUGGCUAAGUGGCUUGGCUUGAAGAAGCCUUCUUUGUCAGGAAGAAACGCUACCAGAGGGAUCGUAACAUACAACGAUGGUCAUGGAUUUGAUAAUAAGUUCAUGUGGUUCUUUAGCAAAGGCCUUCGCUUUGGUGUUAUGCCAUGUAACUCCAACACUGUUUAUUGGUUUGCCACUUGGUGUCCUUCCAAACAAGAGGAGGAGAUUGAAGAGAACCCAACAAAAUUGAAGGAACAUAUUUUGAGCAAGCUUGGAAAGGUACCUGAUCAAGCAAGGGCUGUUGUUGAAGACACCCAAGUUGAUGCUUUUGUCUCACUUCCAUUGAGAUAUAGGCGUCCUUGGGAGCUUGUUUGCAAUAACUUUUCUCGAGGUAACGUUAGUAUUGCAGGUGACGCACUCCACUCGAUGACCCCAGAUCUUGGCCAAGGUGGUUGUUCUGCAUUGGAAGACGGUGUCAUUCUCGCCCGUUGUUUAGCGGAAGCUAUGUCAAGGAAUCCAAAUGGUGAAGUAGAAGACAAGGAGGAAUAUAAGAGAAUAGAGAAAGGUUUGGAGAAAUAUGCAAAAGAGAGGAGAUGGAGAAGCAUUAAGCUUAUAAUUGCAUCUUAUGUGGUUGGCUCAAUUCAAGAGAGUAAAGGGAAAGUGAUGAACUACUUGAGGGAUAAUAUCUUGGCUGAUUCUCUUGUUGGUGUGUUAAUGAAGAUCUCUGAUUUUGAUUGUGGGACACUUGGUUGAUACAUUAACCCACUUUUGUGUAUGACUUUGUUUGUUUGUUGUAUUCUUUGCUAAUUUUUACUUCAAUAAUAUGUGCGUGAGAACCUCGUACUUAAUUUUUUUUAUUCGAUGAUAUAUUACUUAAUUAGCUAAGUCAUA